CAACACAAAGGGUGAGAGAAAGCAAAGAAAGACAGAGGCGAGCAGCGAGCUGCACUGCGAUAUCGCUCCUAUGAGCAUUAUUACCUGAUCCAGUCUCAAAGCUGAGUCGGGGCUCUAACUUGCACUUUUAUGCUCAGCCAGACCGCGUUCGACGCUGCAACAGGUUCACCACCAGCGUGGCUUCACUGGAGUCUGGAGUUUGAAGGUUCCUCAUUUUUAUUUAUUGUACCUUUAUCAUGGAGCCCCUUUCCCUUCCUUUCCAAAGAGCUCAAGACAGCCCUGUUUUACACGUGGAAAGUGACCUGGUGCGUAAAGGACCCCGUCGCAAAAGGGAAUUCAUACCCGACGAGAAGAAGGAUGCCCUCUAUUGGGAGAAGCGUCGCAAGAACAACGAGGCAGCCAAGCGGUCACGGGAGAAGAGAAGGUUGAACGACUACGCACUGGAGACUCAUCUCAUGGCUCUGAAGGAAGAGAACGCCAGGCUUAGUACUGAAUUGAUGGCAAUCAAGCUCCACUUUGGCCUGGCCCAAUCCACGCCCUUUACUGGCCGCCAAAGCAACCAACUGCAGCACCAUCCCCACAGCAGCACCCAGCCCGGCCCUUAUCAUCAAUCCCUGCAGGGGAACUCCUACUGGGGUGCCAGAGACUCUUCUGUUAUGCCCGGCCAUCAGUCUUCUUACCCAUUUUUAAUCCCGGCGUAUGCCCUUCACACAAUGAGGGGCUACCCUUACUUAAACCGAUCUGGUUCUAGUGGCUCUGGCGUCCUAACGCCUCUGGUCCUUCCACGGAAUCUGCUCCCGCCCUACUCGGCCUGUCCCGGAGCUCCUCUCCUGAAACCCUUUCCCACCAGAGCUACUUCUGACGAAGAGGAGGAGCAGCAGGUGCCAGGGGUGCUGUACCGAUCCGCUCCACAUCACAAAGCCAGCACGAGAAGAGACAAAGCCUCUCCUCAAAGACAAUACAUCUCUGACUGACAACACUGAGGGAGUUUAUGACUUUGGUCAAGCCUGUCUGUCAUAAAGCUUGUUUUGAAUUUCUUUCACGUGAAAUGCUGCAAAAAAAAUAAAAUACAAAUAAAAUCAGGGCCCAAUUUGCCUAAGUUUGUGCCAGAAAACAUAAUUUAAAAGCUAACAGGAUAAAGCCCUGCUCUGUUGACUCUUAGGGUAAAAGAAGCCUCUCAUCCAGCAGAGUGUGAUCCAGCAUGUUCUUCUGAGUCAGAACAUGCAAGACGCUGACCAUUUACACUACAAUAUGCCUCCCAAGAGCGUGUAAAUGCUUUAAACAAAAUAUGCUCUGUCCACUUAAGCUUUGCAGUCUGUACUUGCUUUAAUAGCUGUGAUUCUACAUAUUACUGCAUAUCACAUCAUAGAAAGAGUUGUGAACUACCUUUCAGCAGAACAAAGUUCUCCAUAUGGCUUAAGCAUGAGCAUAUGUUAGGUAGAAAUUAAUUAAUUAAUCAAUUAAUUGAUCGAAACUGACAAUGGUAGUGUGAGCUUAGAUGCUGGAUAAGCAGUACUUUUCAACCAUCCUCUGUUCAAGUCAAAUCUUAUCCCUUUUCCUAAAAUAAUAACAAUCCAAAAAUGUGUUUUAACCACAUAACAAUGGGCUAAAAUGCUGCUUCAGUGGAAAACAAUGAAGUAUGAUGACCAACAUCUUUUUUUUUUCUUGCUUGGGCACAUUUGGUAGUCUUUCUCAACCCCUUUGAAACACUGUGUUUCAAUGUUUUAUUGUUAAAAUACAGGAAAACAGGAAUUAUAUUGCGUCAUGAAGAUUCAAAAUGAAAGAUGCUUAAACCUGUGGAAUACCAGCACUUUUUUUAAGUGUUCAAUUUUUUUUUUUUAGGGAGCAUGUGCUUUUCUUUAACUUUAGAUACACACAGGUCCCUCUCAAAAAACUGGGAUUUCUUUAAAAAGUCAGUUUAUUUUACUGAUUCAAUUAGUGAUUUGUGAUAUUUUUCAAGGGUUUUAUUUGUUCUGUUAUUUUGAUGAUUGUAAUUUACAAGUAAUGAAAACCCUAAAUUCAGUUUUUGGAAACAUAGAUUAUUAUAUCACACAAAUUUAAAAAAGGUGUUUUAUUACAAAAGUGUUACAACGUGACCAACACAAUCACGGGAAACACUGCUGACAUGACAGUUGUGCAGCGGACAGUCAUUGAUGCCAGCUAUAAGUAGAAUAGAGACAACGGAUCUUUGCUGAAGAAGCUGGUGGUUCAGAGUACUUUUUCCAGGCAUAUUAAGGUAAAAUUGAGUGGAAGGUAGAAAAUAAGUGCAAAACCAGAAGGGAGGAGAGCAGCCCAAUGAGGAUUGUGAAACAAAGCCCAGGGGUUUAGGGGUGAGUCACAAGCUGUAGACUGUAGAUGCAACCAAGAGUCACCAAACAGAGACGUAUCCAGGACAAUGGGUUCUGCCACUGCUUUACCAGAGACAACUUAAGAGGUGUUUUACCUGAGUUAGGGAGAAAUAGGAUUGGGCUGUUGCUUGGUGGGCUAGAGUCUCAUUUUAGAUAGAUAUCAGAGCCGCGGUGUCUGAAGGAAGAUUAGAGAGGCACAAGGUCGCGGUUAGGACACAAUGUCCUCUGCUGGUGUUGGUCCCCUGUCCAAAGUUAGCACAUUCAACUACCAGUACAUUUUGCAGAUUCAUGCUUCCCUCUCUUAACACGCUUUAUGGAGAUGCUGGAUUCAUUUUUAAGCAGGACUUGGCACCCACAUCCAGAUGUACUAAUACCUGCUUUAGUGAUCAUGGUAUCACUGUGCUUGAUUGGCAGGGAAACCUUGCUUACCUAACAUCUCACCAGAGCAUUUGGCUAACAGCCUCCAUGUCAUGAACAUCAGUGAAGUAAUUGUGCAUAAGACGCUCCAGAUAAGGGUUGAGUGCACACUGUAGUUUAUGGAAAUGUUUUUGACUAGUGUGACAUUCCUGUUUUAAAAUCAUUCUGUUAUUAGUCUUCUAUAAUGUUGUAAUUUUUUUUUAAAGAAACUGCAUUUUGGAUUUUCAUGAGCUGUAAGCCAUAAUCAUCCGAAUAAAGAGAAAAUAGCGCUUGAAAGGUAUCGUGUGUAAUGACUAUAUAUGUCAUAUGUGCUUACAUUUUUAUAUUAAAGUAUUGAAAUCAAUCAACUUUUCAAUGA